AAAAAGGAAUUUUUCACUAUAAAAAAAGGAUACAAUAGACAAAUAAAAGGAGUAAAUUGAAUAAUCUGGGAAAAGAAAUGACCUUCAAAAGCUGAUAAAUUCUCGUUGCACAAAAAAUGAAUAUUAAAGAAAAAGAGAAAAACUUGCGAGGAGAGGAAUAGAAAGAAAAAGUAUAUGUAUUACAAAAGAUUUGAAAUUCAAACACGUCAGAAUUACGGAGAUAAACGAUGCUCAUCGAAAAUAGACGACCAUCAAAAGCGCUCGAUAAAUACACACGUGCAUUACACACUUGUCAGUGAAAAAUUAUAAUCACUGGACUAAACAGCAAUUGUCAGUUGGAUUUUUAUUUUAAUCUCAAGUGAUACACACGUAGGUGUUGUUGUUAAUUUUUUUUUUAUUUAAUAAUGAUGCUCGGAGUUUCUGGCAGUGGUGCUAUUGUCGCUUUGCUUCUUCUUCUGGUAAUUAUUUGCACAGUGAGCGAAGGUGCCAGAUAUCGGGCAAAAUUUAUCAUCUUUAUAAUAUUGAGCGCAAUUUCAUCGACAUGGUGUAUUCCAUUCAUGUUCAUUAAAAUAGGCGACUGGAGAAACGCAUUAAUACCAGCAUGGGGAUGUAGACAAGUAGCAAAAUUGCUGGGAAUGGAUUUUCAUAUUCGUGGGAAAGAAAAUAUUGUUCGUGAUUCAGGAUGCAUUGUUUUUGUCAAUCAUCAAAGUUCCUUGGAUCUUUGCGUAUUGGCUGAACUUUGGCCCGUUCUUGAACGUUGCACUGUGAUUUCGAAGAAACAAGUUCUCUAUUUGGGAACAUUUGGAUUAGCCUCGUGGCUUUGGGGCACAAUAUUUAUUGAUCGUGUUAAAGGCGCUGAAUCACAUUCCACUCUUAAUUCAACUGCUGAAAUUAUCAAAGCAAGACGGGCAAAAGUUCUCAUGUUUCCUGAAGGAAAGAGACAUUCCUCAACGACUCUGCUUCCAUUCAAGAAAGGAGGAUUUCACGUUGCAAUUGCUUCUCAAGUUCCAAUACAACCAGUCGUCGUUUCGAAAUAUUACUAUUUAAACGAUAAAUCAAAAAAAUUCGAUUCCGGGAAAAGCUACAUUACGAUUCUUCCCGCAAUUUCAACGACUAAUCUCACAAAAGACGAUCUACCUCAAUUAAUAGAAAAAACGUACGAAACAAUGAACACAGCUUUCAAACAAUCGACACAGGAAGUAAUUACAGAACACAUUGAAAAUUUGAAAGUCGAGUAAAUGAAGAAAAAUUUUUGAAAAAGAAAACUUAAGACACAAAAAUUCCAAGAAACAUCAAAAUAUUUUUGAAAAUAAUUAUCUCGCACAAUCUCUUUUUGAAAGAAAAAGUGAAAUUUUUUGUGAUAUUGGCAGAUCUUUGCCUAAAUUCCUGCUCAUUCAUCGAUGUUAAACUGCCAAUUUAAGAAAAAAAAGGUAUUUAUCCAUAUUAGAAAAAAAAUAUUUAACAUCGAAAUUUCUUUCUUAGAAAGAAAAAUGUUUUUCGGAAAAAAUUUAAAUUAAUACAGAAAGAAAGUAUUUCUUCUUGAAAAGAAGAAGUUAAUUCAAUUUUUUCUAAAGAAAAAUGAAGAAUUCUGUGAUUUUUAAUAAUCUUGUGACAAAGAUAG